GUCGAGGCGCCCCAGCAGGCCGCGGGCGAGCCGGCGGCCCGGGCCUACCGCCGCCGGCGCGGGGGGCCCGUGGUCGAUCUCGACCCGGAGGCUUCAGCGUCGGCCUCGCCUCGGGCGACGGGUGCGGGCCCACCGGCCGCUGGGGAGCCAGGCCUUCAGAACGCCGAGGAUGGGCUGGCGUGGUGGAUGAGAAGCUGGCGCUGCGGGAGUUCCACGCGCUGAAGCUCGCCGAGAGGGUGACUGGGCGCGUGGACCGCCCGGUGGCGCGAAAGGGGGCGGAGACCAGCCUGGAGUUCGCGGAGGAGCUGACCGCCCAGCUUGCAGCGCACGAGGACAAUUUCAAGAAGAUCAAGGCAGCCAUCACCGCCAAGCAGGCGGAGGCUGUCAUCCCCAACCAGUCCAAGGUCGGGGGCAUCAACAGUGGCAUCGAGCUGCUGCAGAGCUUCGGCAAGAUGCUGGAGGCGAUGGACGCCCACUUCGGAGGCAUGGACGUCGACGGCAAGGUUGAGUUCGACCCCGCAGAUCCUGCCAUCCAGUCCUGCGUCAAGGAGGCUGGAGUUGACGUCGAUGACCCCGCCAAGGCCAAGCGGCUCCUGGCGGCCCUGGGCAAUGUCCUGGAUGAAAAGUUGCUACCAUCGCAACGAGUGGGGUCGGUACGCCUCAAUGUGGGCUUGGCCGUGCCGCUGCACGUAGUUUCCCUGCACCUGGUCACGAGCAUCGGCCUGGCCAUGCAGAACAUAGACAUUCUGGCGCAGCUCAUGGAGUACCUCGGUUCACUUCCUGGGCCGUGGAUCGCGCCUGGAGACUUCAACGUGCUGCCCGAGGAGGCGCAGGAGUGGGCGCAGCGUGUUCACGCGAUCCCGUUGACAACGGGCGCGCCAACUUGCGGUGGCAGAGAGAUCGAUCCUGGCGUCUGCUCGCGCGUGCUUUCUGGCUUCAUCCACGCAGUGGCGCCGAUUGAGGGCUCGACGCUGCAGACGCACAUUGCUGCGCACGUUCGGCUCCGAGGCUCGGGGAGGCAGGCGCGCGUGACGCGCCUAGUUUUUUCCCACCCAAGUUUCCGAUUUGCAAGCCGCCCCCCGUGCGGCCUGCGCCACAUAUUGUUUCAGGCAAUGAGUGGCCCUGGGCGAUUGGUGAGGCACUCCCUGGAGACCUCGGCGAGGCGUGUGCUGCUUGGUUUUGUCAUGCCGAAGGCUAUCUGUCGGAGUUUCACGGCCUGUCGGACUGGGCUCAAGGGGCCUGGAUGGGGUCGCGCCGAGAGUUUUAAGACAGCGAAUGAGCCGUUCAUUCAGGUUUGGGGGCGCUCACUCAAGCAGCAUUCUGGUAGCGAGUACAAAGCCUGGGCCAGGUUCUAUUCGGCGGCCUUUCGCUUGUCGGAGUUGGGCGUUGCAGCCGGAGCUCGUCGGUGCCCGUCGCUGGCUGCAUUGCGAAGGCAGAGUAAGGUUGUCAGUUGCAUUGUUCUCAACUGCUGGCCUCAGUCGGGGUCGCUCAGCAAGUGGGCCGAGACCCCGCGUCAGGACUUAGUCGGUUUAACCGCGCCAGGCAGUGAUGUGCCACGGGGCGAUGGGGAGUCGGCCAGGGCCUCGCACUUCAUGGAGGGGCGCUCCAGCGGUGAGGCACCGGGCGAGCCCGGGGCGGCCGCGCCCGCGGGCUCGGCGGAGCAGGCCGACCACGAAACGUUCAGGUGGCCGGCGUGGGGCAACGCUGUGGGCGGGGGGGUGCGCGGGCUCAAGGGCGGAGCUGCUGGAGGUGAUCUGUUCACCGAGCCCACGAAGAAGGCGAAGCGCCCGGAGGCGGAGCGGGAGGGCCUGGAGCGGCAGGCGGAGGAGCGCGCGCAGCGGGCGCUGGCGUCCGUGCCGGGCGGCGCGCAGAAGCUGGCUGCGGUGAGGCGGAAGAUCCUCGAGCAGCUGCUGGCGGAGCAGCGGCAGCCCGCGGCGAAGCGGCCUCGGCAGGAGCGGCAGGAGGAGACACCACCCCAGGCGCCCGCGGCCACGAUGCGGCCUCCUCCGCCGCGGCCGCCGCCGCCGCAGGCGCCCGGCGCCCCGCGGCCGCGGCAGCCCCCGAGCCACGGGCUCUUCUGGGACCGUCUAGAAAGCGCCAGUGCCGGGCCGACGCGCCCGCCGCGGGCUCCUCAGGCGGCGCAGCCCCCGGCCUCGAGCGGCGCGCCCGAGGCGCCAGGGUGGGCCGGCGGCCGCGGCGAGGCCGCCGACGGGGGCGUCUCCGCGCACUCGCAGCAGGAGACCUGCGCACUGGACGAGGACCUGGAGGAGCUGCGCCGGGUGCGGGACGACCUGAGGGAGCAGUGCAACAGGAAGUGGGAGGAGAAGCGCGAUGCGGACGACACCCUAAAGAGAUUACAGGGGGUGCUGGUCAGAACGCUCGAGGAAGUAACCAGUCGCGAGACGGAGAUCCAGAAGCUGGUUACCGACCAGGAGGCGGCGUUGGAAAGCUUCGAGAAGGCGAAGGCCGAGAUGGCUUUCCUCCAGACAGAGGGCCAGGACCCGAAAGGCGGGCCAAGCGCUGCAGAAGUCGAGGAGUUCAUCCGCGCCAACGAGGUAGACAUCGCUGCUGCUUCGCAGCUCAGGGAAAGCACACCACGAGUGCAGCGGGUGGUGCUCAACCGUGGGUCGUUCAAAAACGUGCUGAACAACUCGUCGGCGCUCCUAGCACGAAUCAGGGACGCUCGCCAAGGGAACCCAGACGGGGGCGCCGAUGGCAUGCUCUCCCGGUGCGCGAUGGCCAGUGCCACGGCGGACUUGGAGAGGGUGCGCCAGCAGAUGGCGCUGUCCGAGCCGAAGCUGAGGGAGAAGGAGCGGCUGCUCUCGCACGUGUCG